AUGGUUACAUCAGUCAACCCUGUGCCGAAAUAUGAGGAAACAGUGUACAAUGCAUUGUUAGGACUUCAGACGAAGCUUCUUGAGGCAAAAGCAGACCCAAAGUACUCAGAUAACAAGGAAAUACAGAAAAUAUACAAAGACGUUCUUGAACAGAUCACAGCAUUAGGAACUAUUCGGGAUGACAGAAAGGAGGAUACGGUAGGUAAUGCGGAUGGCAAGAAGCCAACGGCAAUUUUGAACAAGGUGGAUGUGCUAAUUGACGAAAUUUUCCAGCUUUUAUCGCUUUUCUUUGUGAGUUUUGGAUUGUCAAAUACUGCACCUGCCACUUACGCAUCGCUUACAACGGUGCAAAGACUUCUUAUACAUUUGGAGGAGUCACGUGUUUACACAAGGCAAGACUUAGAGCCAAUCAAGGAGCGGCUUAAUGAGAUUUCAAAGAUCAUAGAGCAGGCUUCAAUUGCAAAUCAGGAUGAUAUGGCAGAAGUGCAAAGAAGGCAAGCCCAAUAUAGGGAGAGAGAUCGGUGGGAGGACGAUAGUAUGAGUGAGGAGGAAGAGGAAGAGGAGUACAAUGAGGAUGAAGAGAGAGGAAAAGCUACCGAGACGGAAAUCCAGUUGUUGAGGCACAAACUGGCAGUUUCGUAUGCAACGUACGACGAGCUGAGUAAAAGGAUCCAGAAUGUUCCACCCGAGGUGCAGACUUUGAUUGAUGAACUUCUUUCGAUUAAGUACAGGGUGCUUCAGCUUAUGUCAGAGUCGGGUAAGAGAGAUGCUUCCAGAGACAUGAAGAAUUACCACAAGAGUUUGAAUCACUUGGCCAGAAAGCUUGAGAGAACGCAAGCCGAGUGUGAUGUGGCGUUGAAAAAGCAGGCUGAUGCUCCUGAAAAGAAAGAUGCCGGAAACUCGGACGAAGGUUCCGAGGCUGUGCUCAAAGGUCUCUUGGAUGAUUGCCACAACUAUCUCAGCAACUUGCAGAUGGGAGUGGACAGGGUGGAUCCCCACCUUAGACCUCUAUACCAGAGAUUGAUCUUGCUCCACUCGAAAUUAUCCAAGCUCUUGGUUACCCGGCGUUGGUCUAUGCGAACUGUGGACUUAUACAGCUAUCAGAAAGAGCUCGGAAAGUUUGAUAAGUCUCGUGUUGGGGGCUUUUUCGGCAGCAAGGACUACAAAGGCCAGUCUGUUCUUCUCUACUUGCUGAGAUCGUGCUAUGCCAUCGUCUAUAAGCUUUUGGAGUCAUCAGAGCCUGUCAGUGAGGCUUUACAACCUUUGCACAACCAGCUUAGUACUGUUCAUCGUUGUCUUUUGGACCUCAAGCGGUCCGGUGGAGUUUCUUCACUCAGAGAGCUUUAUCCAUACCAGCUGAAGCUCACCUCAAUAGACAAUGAGGCUGUUGAUGGCGUUUUUAAAGUUAAUGGCCAGAUCCCACCCGGUCAGGCCACUCUUACCGCACUUUUAUCGGAGUGUUUUGACAUUUUGCACGAGCUUAAGGUGGACUACUAUGAUACUCAUGAAGAUAUUGAUGAAAGCACGCUUCAAACCUCAAAUGAUAAAGCUGCAAAUAUCAUUGGAACUAAAGCUUUACAGGAGAGCACUUACGAUUACAACGAUGUUGGUGAGGAAAAUUACAAUGAGGCCGAGGACAACUUGGCAGACUAUCCUUCCAGUUAUAAUAGUGAUGAAGAGAGUGAUCCUGAGGAGGAAGAGAAGUAG